GAACAAUCAAUAUCGUUUGCACAUUUGUUACAAAUUUUUUUAAAACACAUUAUAUUUAUCAGAUGUCGAUUGUUUUUAAACAAAGAAAGUAAAUUCUAGCUUAAAAUUUACCGUCGCAAAGAUCAUUUAAUUAAAAAAUAAAUAUUAACAUUUUAUCGUUAAAAUUAUAGAUUAAAUAACAUUAAAAAUGACAGCGGUAGGAACACAAAUAGAUAGUGACAAAAGACUAAUACAAUUUGAAACUUAUGAAGACUAUUUGGAUUCCCUAAUAACAUUUGUUGACCUUGGAUAUUUGGGAAAUCUCAAUGUCGCGCGUAGAUUAGCUGAACUUGGUUAUCGUUGUACGAGCGAAACACUCGACGAAGAAACAUUUUAUCGUCGUUUGGAAGCUGUGAAAAAUUUACUUUUUCCAAUUUAUAGACCGUACGAGUUAACAUCGGAACAAGUGACACCAAGGGAUAAUAUAAUGCAAGAAUUAGCACUCAGAGAACAUCUGAAUAGAUUGAAAAUCAUAUCCACUAUCAUAUUCGUUAGAAAUUUAACAAAACUUCAGUUUGAAAUUUCUGGUUACAUCGAUUUUAGCGAAAGGCUUGAAAAAGAAAAUUGGCUUCCGUAUUUCCAAGGAAGAAAAAAAAUAUGGCCUUGUGCAUCUGACCUUGCAUAUUAUUAUUGGAGAACAGGGAAAACAUGUUUAAACAAAACGUCAAAUUUUCAACCUGUUAUAGACCCAAUAUUAGGGCUUCGAUUUAAGCACUGUCACGAUAGGCAUUUCAUUAAUGUAGAUCCUGGGGUGCCCUCUCCAGGCAUAUAUACAACACGAGUAAGAAUACAUAGUCAAGAAUAUGAACACAUAAUAUUAUACGAUCAUGUUCUGCGAACAAGAUGUUAAACAUAGUGAAAACAUAUAU